AUGACUUCAGCAUCAGCAAUGGAUUUCGACCUUCCUGACUACGAUGACCUCCCGAUCGUCGCAGGUAUGCCCAAGGGCUGUGCCUGGGGCCUUUUCGACAAGGAUGGAAAGAAAGACCUAUAUGGAACCUUGAACUUGCUCACUCCUGGAGUUAUCAAAGCUGCCGGCGCUGAAAUCCGUGAUGGCGUGUCCAUCUCGUUGAAGUCAGAUGCCAACAUGACCCAUAUGAACAAGUUGGGCAUCCCAGGACGUAGGCAAUCAGUGCACAAGGUACAUUCCCUGCAGGCAACCGGACUAAGUCAAGGGACUGGCUGGGACGAUGAACUGGAGUUCAACACCCAAGGCAGUAGCCAGUGGGACAGCCUUGUUCACUGGCAGCAUCAACCGACGGGAAUGGCCUAUAACGGCUUCAAGCCGACAGAAGAAGAACUAUCGGCGACCUCCACCGCAUCCAACAAGAUGCCUACCAUCGACCACUGGCAUGAGAGAGGUGGCGUAGUGGGCCGCGGAGUGUUGAUUGACUACAAGGCGUAUGCCGAUGCUAAGGGGAUCGACUAUCACCCCAUGGACGGCUACCGCAUCACCAUCGAGGACAUUGAGGCUGUUGCCGAACACCAAGGCUUGGAGUUCAAGCAAGGCGACAUUUUCUUGCUCAGAACGGGAAUCACCGAGAUCAUAGACGAGCUGACACCGGAGGAUUUCGCCAAGUUGGGGCAGUACAAGUUGUCCGGCGUGCAUGGCACGGAGGAGACGGCUAAAUGGUUCUGGAACAAGCAUUUUGCUGCUGUUGCUGGCGAUUCCAAUGCUUUUGAGGCAUUCCCCCCUCUCAAACCUGACGGAACUCUGGCGGAGAUCACUGGCCUUGUUCUCCAUCCCUACUUUUUGAGCCUCUUCGGCAUGCCCAUUGGCGAGCUGUGGGAUCUCAGCCGUCUGUCGGCGUACUGCAAGAAGACGGGGAGGUAUUCAUUCUUUUUGACUUCUGCGCCGAUGAACGUCUCCUGCCUUGUAGGAUCGCCGCCCAACGCUCUGGCCAUUUUCUAG